CAUGAGGCCGAGAAAAGCAACAAGAUGCACAUCGGAUAAACUUUCCUCUCAACAGUGUCUCCGCUGCAGAGUUUGAAUCAGGAUGCCUCGGAUGAUGCACAGACGCUGCUGCCCUGUGUUGCUCCUCCUCGACAGACUAUUUGAUUCAAGUGUGUAAAAGGGACUUCAACCGGAAACCAAACUUUUUUCUGCGAACUUUUUUUUCACUGAGGCUAAACAGGAAAAAAAAGACAGAGACGACCCUUGGUGUCAUAAACGGCACGGUUCCUUAUUUUCUUCAUUGACGUGUGCUGUUGGAAAUGUGUCAGCGGCCGACCAACUGGGGAGACGUAAACAGUUUCUGGCGAGGAUAAGGGCGACGUCGAGUGAUUUCAGGCUGCUCAGCGCUCACAUAACGGAUUUUGGUCCUUUAUCAUGGAAGAUGGUGCAAAAGAGGACCCAGCCCAGAGUAAAGAGCCAAAGUUCCUGGGUAAGGCUGGCUGGGUGAAGAAGGCCCCCGGCAGACUGCUGGCAAGCUAUAAGGACCGCUACAUCCAUGUGGAGAAGACAGAGAUUGUGGUGUAUGAAAAUGAGGACCUGCAGAACUGCUUAGAGAGGCUCGACCUGGAAAACUACGAUCAUUGUCAUGAAUUAAAGAGCCCCUUCAAGAAGAAGCACAGACUGAUUCUGAUUCGAUCAUCCAAGCCUGGAAAUAAGGUCCACGAUGUGAAGUUUCAAGCUGCGUCUGCCGAGGAGAAAGACGCCUGGAUUAAAGCUCUGCUCGAUGGCAUCAAUCGAGCAAAGAACAAAAUCUUUGAUGAGGUGACGGUUGAUGAAAGCAGUAAUUUAGAGCAUGUUACUCGAUCAAGGCCCAAAGGAAACCGUAACCGACGGCCACCAACCAGGAUACACAUGAAAGAGAUAGCUGAUGUGUCGUCUGAUGGUAUCCUGCGCUUGGAUCUUGAUCUUGAAGAUGCCACAAUUCCUAAUGGGACCCAUCAUGCAACUGUUGACGGCACUGGAGCCCCCAAAGCGGCCCCGACUCCUCCGUCCAAUGCCAGUGAAGCUGCAGAGAAACAGACAGGAGGUGCUGAGGAGGAGGCUAAGACUGAGCCAGAGGUCAGUCCCCAGAAAAAGGUCCUCAAACCUCCCAUGCCCCCCAUCAAAGAGGCUAAACCCAGUACAAUACCUGAGGAUGAACCAGAUAAGGAUGAAGCCCCCGAGAAAAAGGUCCUCAAACCUCCCAUGCCCCCCACCAAAGAGGCGAAACCCAGUACAACACCUGAGGAUGAACCAGAUAAGGAUGAAGCCCCCGAGAAAAAGGUCCUCAAACCUCCCAUGCCCCCCACCAAAGAGGCGAAACCCAGUACAACACCUGAGGAUGAACCGGAUAAGGAUGAAGCCCCUGAGAAAAAGGUCCUGAAGCCACCUAUGCCUCCGUCUAAGGAAGCAAAGCCCUGCGCUUCACCUGUUGAAGAAGCUAUAGAGGAGGACAAAGCUGAGAAGGUGGCUGAAAAGAGUCCUGAUGCCAGGAAAAAGACAGUUCCACCACCAACCCCUCCCAACAAACCCAGCUCCAGCGGCUCCAUAAGCAACCUUGUAGAGGCCUCACAGUCCAGGCCGAACUCCCCUCCCACUCCUCCAUCCAAAGAGAAGAAGCCCUCCCAUCCUACUGUGGAGCCGGACCAAGAGGUUCAAGACACGGCUGAUGAGAAUGAGGAGAAGGAGGAAGGUGAUAAGAAGGAGGCAACAGGAGAAGCUGUGGAAACAGAUGAGGCUACACCCAGUGUCAAAGAUGAUAAACCUGAGAGUCCCAGUGAAGAAGGAGAGGUUUCUGAAGAAGAAUCAGGGGAGAAUAGUGGCGUAAACGAAGCAUCUGACAGUGAGCCUCAAAUCCCUGCAGAGCCCAUCAGAAAGAGCCCCAGUCCUCUUCUAACCCCCAAGAAAAAGCCUGAGAAACCUGUUGAGCCUGACACGCAACACACAGAUGACAACACAACCGUAAUGCAGACUAAUGAGGGACAGGACCCCACUGCAUCACUGCAAACAGCCUCAGAUACCUCAGCCAGUUCUCCUCAAGCAGAAGAGGCACCACCCAAGAGUGAACCCCCCUCAGUAGUUGUCUCUUUGGAUGACAGCCUCAACUUGAGUCCACUGAUCUGUCACUUGCCCGGGGAGAAGAAAAAGAAGACAGAGGAGAAGUCUGUAGACAGUGGUCGGCACUCAGAUGAUGAUAGCGAAGGCUCUGGGACUGAAGACACACUGGCGACUUCCACAGCUGCAUUGAGAGGAAGCCAUCCUAGUCUGGAUGUGUUGGACACCAAUGAGGACGACGUUCAGAUCCCUGUUAGUAUAAGGCUUACAAAGGUCCCACCCAAGCCUCAGGUUAGACCAAAGGUCUUUCCCUUUCGGCGCUCGCAUCCCACUCCUCCUCUCAAACCCUCAGUCAAGGCCAGGUCGGCCUCCAGCGGAGAUCUGCUGUCUGACUCUUCAGUCUGUAUUCAGGUGACACAACAUAGCACACCAGUGGCUGGAGGUGACAGGCCUCCUAGUGUUGAUGUCAUGAAACUUGAGACUGAGGUGGCGCUGGAGAUGGAAAAGACAAAGGAGCUCCUGAGCCAAGUGUCCCAGUCCGAGGAGGGAGGUGAUGCGGAGGGCAUGCCCCAGGAUCUGCUGGCCCAGGCCAUGGAGAAGCUGCAGAAGGCUGACAAUGUCCUCAGGGAGGUCAAUAAACUGAAAAUUGCAAAGAGCCCAUGCAACAGGAAGAGCUGGUGAAUGUCAGUCAGAGCAGAUUGACUUGGAACUGACCGUUCGCUAAAAGCUUCUCCUGAACAGUGAUUGUCCAGUCAUGGCAUAGCAACCGGCCUGUCAAGCUUUGGAUUUCUUCACAUACGGGAGGCUAAAGUAGAAGUAAUAUUCAGUUUACAAAGGCUUUGGAGGGCCAUGUCUUUGUGGCCUGUCCAAAACCAAAAACACAAGCAAAGAUUUAAAGAAUUGAUUUAACAAUAUGUUUGUCUGCCCUAAUGUGAGCUGCAACCGUUAGCAUGUCUGGCUAACUAGCUUACUACCUACAGUAGUAACUGAGCGGUACUUUCAAGGUCUUUCUAGUAACCUAUCAUUAACAAGCUACAAUGAGGUUACAGUUGAAAAAACAAAAACCUAUUCACAGCUAGCACAUGUAUUAUGUUAGAAUCACCAAAUCUUCAAACCCUGAAACCCACAGAUUUAUGCACGUGCAUAUGUAUGUGCGUGUGCAUGCACCAGAGACAUUUUCAUCAAGAUGAGGGACCAAUCACACCUCCCAAGCACACCUUUUAACAACGUAGACGCCACUAACGCAGCAUUUUCGUUGCCUGGUACUUUACGAAGGAAUGAGUAAGCCUCCUGGAGCUCUUUAGAAAAGGCAGACAUUCCCUGCAGCAUAACAGCUAACCGUUAGCGUGACAUUACUGACAAGUUCUGACAGAAAAGGCCUCAACUCUGGCUCAUACCCUAGUAACAGGCUUGAUAACGACACGUUGAUUGACACAUAUAUGAAUUCAGAUGUGUGAUGCAUUGUUGUUAUUAAUAUAUAUAUCGAGUUAGGUACUCCUGCAAUGAAUCCUCAUACCUCCAUACGCGUGAAAUAGUGCCCCAUGAAUGACGUUAUGUCCGUAAGGUAAAGAUACGGAGGUUAAGUUUAGGAAAAGACACAUGGUAACGAUGUGCCUUAACAUAACUCAAAGUUCACACGGUUCCAAACACCAGUUUUGUGACCCGUCCACCACCAACCUGCCUCCUUUCUGACUCCAGACAGGGCAUUGGUCACAUGAUCACAGCCUUCCCAGACACGUGGAUUACACUCAGACUAUUGGCUCAUGAUCACGCAGGAUGUGUACAAAUUUUGGGGCAUUACUUUUUGUAGGAAAAGGUACCAAUAGUGCAUGAGAACAGCCUGAAUAAUGAGUGGGACAGAACAUGAUAAACGCCUACACUAGUGCUGAAAUUAGUAAAACGUGUAUAAUAAUCAGUAUUUUGAUUGUGCUUAAAAUUCGGACAGUUGGUAGUAAAUGUUAAAAAAACAGAUAUUUACAGAUAUUUGUCGGGCCUCAUGACAUGACAACAAACCGAGACGUCUAAUCACCAUGCACUAUGGAAGCUGCUAUUUCCCCAUUGUGUGGAGGCCGGUUGUGAAUACCAUCAGAGUUUAAGGCCCAGACGCACCAAACUUAAAAGGACUAGGGACAACGAAAGCCCCCUGCUGUGUCGCCUCCCUGUGUCUCGGUCAAAAAGUUGCACAUGAACACAUCGCAAAAAUUUCAACCGACGGCCAACCAGCAUGUAGACAGCAGACACCGGAAGACCGUUUUGACACCACUUAGCAUGUUAGCAACACAAUCUCAUGUUGAAAGAACAGAGCAUGUUUACUGUGAGCCAGUAAACAGAAAAGAGCUAAAUGGUGAAAGAAAAAUACCUUAUGUUACAAGUUUGUUUUGCUCUCACUUCCUCUUGACUAGCUCUUUGUUUACUUCCCUCACUUCUGUUUCUUUACUUGUACGCUGAGCGGAAUUACCAGUCAGAGUGAUUGCAUUCACUGAUGGGCUUCGCUGCCGUCCACACCAAAUUCAACAUGCUGAAGUGGCAGAAAAUAAGCAAACUAGCCCAGAUGAUGGCCAGUGGUGCGAGACACACUGCAGCAACGAGGGCCACAGCCCAGUUAAUUAAAAGUAAUUCUUGCAGUUUAAAUGGAAACAACACAGUUUUUGAUCACCUUGCGGAGCUAACAUUAGACUGUGUAUCUAACUGGAAAAAACUGUGUGACAUUUCAGUGGGCAAAAUCAAUAGCUAGCUCGAAAUGAGAAGUUGCUUUUGUCUUUCUCUUAUGAAAUGGUUCCCUGUGACCUUCUAAAGAACAGUUAUAGCCUAUGUAAUGAAAUGGAAAGCCUGACGGAUGUAGCAACACAUGUUAAGGAGUUCAGGGUUUAGCGAAUGGUCAGUUGAUGAACUUGUGCAGAAAAUUUUUUGAUGGUCAUGCAGCACAUGCAAUUGUUCGCCUAUAAAUAACUAAGUGCAAUUAUUUCUAGUUUAACUUUCCCUGUAGCUGAAGGUAAUGCAUAAUGUUCUACUGUGUAUUGUUUAUUUUUUGUAUUAUAUGAAAUAUCGGACAUUUUCAAGAAGGAUUACUUGAAAGUUAAUUAGAGAAUAAAUAAUAUAAUGACAAAGCAGUACUGUCAGUACAAUAAGAACAUGCAAAUAAAGUACUAAAACGUGUUAAUACCAAAUUACACAACGGUUUUAAUAGUGUACUCGUCUUUAAGGAUUAAAGAGGCUUAGAUUAUAUGUUUUUCUGGCAGUUUAUAUGAGGGAGUUUAUAUUGUACAUAGUUUAUACUUUACCAUAGCAUAUGCUGUUUAUUGUUGAUGAGGAAAGAUGAACCAGCCCAGCUCAGGAGUUUUCUGAAAUUAACAUUUUCAGACUAAUCAUGUGAUUAAAGCAAAAAUGAAGAACUGCUUCUCCACUUAGAAUGAUUACAGUUUAUGUCAUACUGAUUUUGUACAUAACAGAACAAAGAGCUUGUAGCAGCACUUUCGGCUCACUAACCUCUCUUUUAGUUCGAUUUUAUGAGGCACAUGUGCUCCUCAGUGAUUUUCCUCACAAUUUGAAUCAUGAUCUCUGAGGGAUUCCCCCUAUUUGUUGUCUAAUGCUUUGUCAAAAAAUGUGAUGGUAGUGUUUAAGACUAUUUUGAAUAAAUCAUACCAUUUAGAGUAUGCAAGAAUAUUUUCUAACAUUAGAUAUAAUUUUGUACUCUUUGAUAAAAUUUGCUACUGCCCAAAUAAACAAAGGGAAACUA